AUGGCGGCGGCGGCGGCGGCGGCGGCGGCCCUGCCUGCGGCCGACCCGCCUGCCGCGAUCCCGCAGGCGGCCGGAGCCGCAGGGCCCACCGCCUGCCGGGACUUCUACUGGCUGCGCUCCUUCCUGGCUGGAGGUAUUGCAGGAUGCUGUGCUAAAACAACAGUUGCUCCUUUGGAUCGAGUAAAAGUUUUAUUACAAGCUCACAAUCAUCAUUACAAACAUUUAGGAGUAUUUUCUACAUUGCGUGCUGUUCCCCAAAAGGAGGGAUACCUUGGAUUGUAUAAAGGGAAUGGUGCAAUGAUGAUUCGAAUCUUCCCCUAUGGUGCAAUCCAGUUUAUGGCAUUUGAGCGCUACAAAACGUUCAUUACCACAAAGCUGGGAAUUUCUGGCCAUGUGCACAGAUUAAUGGCUGGAUCCAUGGCAGGGAUGACAGCAGUUAUCUGUACUUACCCUCUCGACAUGGUUAGAGUUCGCCUAGCAUUCCAGGUGAAAGGGGAACACACUUACACAGGAAUUAUUCAUGCAUUCAAAACAAUCUAUGCAAAGGAAGGCGGUUUCCUUGGAUUUUACAGAGGCCUGAUGCCUACUAUAUUAGGAAUGGCUCCAUAUGCAGGUGUUUCAUUUUUUACUUUUGGUACCUUAAAGAGUGUUGGGCUUUCCCAUGCUCCUACCCUUCUUGGCAGACCUUCAUCAGACAAUCCUAAUGUCUUAGUUUUGAAAACUCACAUAAACUUACUUUGUGGUGGUGUUGCUGGAGCAAUAGCACAGACAAUAUCCUAUCCGUUUGAUGUAACUCGUAGGCGAAUGCAGUUAGGAACUGUUCUUCCAGAAUUUGAAAAGUGCCUUACCAUGCGGGAGACGAUGAAGUAUGUCUAUGGAAACCAUGGCAUUCGGAGAGGAUUGUAUCGUGGCUUAUCUCUGAACUACAUUCGCUGCAUUCCCUCUCAAGCAGUGGCUUUCACAACAUAUGAACUCAUGAAGCAGUUUCUUCACCUCAACUGA